GCCGGUGGGACUAUCGACGAGACAAGCCUUCAUUUUGACUCUUUAAUCAAGGGAAUGGUUUUACAAAAUAAAUCAGUAACACGGAUAUGAAGUUCACCCGGAGAGAAUUCUCGUCAGUCUUCAGCUGGCACGCAAUCAUGGCACAUCUGAAUCUGUGGUUUAUCUUAUUCCUCCUCUCUACGGCACAACGUGGACGAUACCGACACAGGCAUGGGAUGCGACGAUGGGGAGGUAUGGCAACAGCUUCCGAGAGCUCAACGGAAACAGUUUCACCCGUAGAUUCUGAGGGAAGUGAGACCUUUGCAAAUUCAACCUGCAGAUAUGGAGUAGCCAAGGUGAAUCACACCAGGAGUUUUGAAUUAAUUUCGUCGGACCUGAUACAGCUAGAUCCGUUUGCAUCUGCGCUUCAGCUUAACGGUUCAAGAGCUGUAAUGGCAGCAACUCGAACAGAUGUCUGUUCAGGAAACGUUACCCUCUGUGUUCAUGGAUUCACAGUUUCAAUGUGGUUUCAUCCUAAUGAUGUGUCUGUCAGUCAGGAAGGUGUGUAUUACCUCUCAAGUGGAGCCCAAAGAGCUGAAUCCUGUGGCUUCUACUUUCGCCUGGAUGCGUUGAACUUUGAUCCUGAUGGGUCAAGGGUUGGGGUGUUUGAAAUCACCGUGGCAACAUCGAGCACUCUAUGGCAAGUGCAUUACGAAGCCGUGAUGUCAGUCAAUCAACACGUCAUGAUAACAUGGAGACCCAACCUUGGCUUAGAUGUGCAUGUUGAUGGUGUGUGCGCCGGUACCCAUGGCAGUGAUGAAGGAUAUCAACGGUAUCCAUGGGCGACAUGCUCCAAGGAUCCAUUCAGAGACUUGUACAUUGGUGGGAGGAAUGACAUGAACAAUGGUGGGUAUGCUGUGGCUGACAUUGGACAAGUUACCCUCUGGGAUACGUGGAAAGAUCUUAAUGAUGUCUAUGAUCUCAGGCAAGAAGGAGUAUUGCGAGCCUACUAUGAGAACUGUAUGCCAUUGGGAUCUCUUGAAUCAGCCCUUCAACCUGCAGCUAACAACAGUUUUUCUAAUAACUCACAUCCAGCCUUACCUUGGCAGUGCAGAGCAGCAUGCGAUCCUAGCAGAUACAACUUUGCAGCAAUUGGUGGGAACGACCCACGAUGUUACUGCCUUGUUAAUCACAAUCACACCUACAGUGAAUCAGAUGCUGAAGUGUCUUGCAAUGUCUGUCCUGGGUACAAAGUGAUCACGUGCGGAAGUGACAACAGCCUGAGUCUGUAUCAGUUGCCAUCAUUCCUACGCAGGAGUCCUGCUCCAGAGACUGUCCAAGGCUUGUCUGUGAGUUUAGAUGGGGUCCAGUUCAGCAACGAUAGGUACCUGGUAACGACAAGGAGGAAUGUCAAUGUAAGUUUCUACGUCGACGCAGGUGUGAACGUCUUGUACUCCAUCUUUGGAGAUAACCGUCUGCAAGAGAUUCAGACAUUUAAUGCAUCCACCUAUUUAUUUUUCCCUGAGGCUGGUUGGUAUCAUCUGACAGUCACAGCAACCAAUGAGAUCAGUCGUAUUGAGAGGGGAUUAUGGGUAACAGCUAAGGACGACCCAGUGGAGUCAGGUGCCCUUCUUGUAGCAAUCACUUCAGAUAGACUAGCUGGUAUGUGGGAGCCCAUACUGAUUUGGGUGGAUAUAGCCAAUGGGAGUCCUAAUGUGUCUUGUAGUCUGGACAACGGGGAUGGCAAGAAUGAACCAUUUCCAGGCAGUCAAUCUAGUAUCGAACUCACUCAUACGUAUAACAGUCCUGGUGUGUUUCUUCUUAUUGUCAGCUGUGAAAGACGAGGUUCACAAUCUGCUAAUGCCUCCAUCACAGUCAUAAUACAGGAGCGCAUCACUAUCAGUCUAAAUACCACAUUCAGAGUUGUAACGGGCAACAAUCUGACAAUUCCAUUUCAAAUUUAUGGCACAAAUGUCACAAACCUUGAAGUCCUACUGAACGAUGUACCUUUCACCAACUACACAUGCUCAGAGAACUUCACGUGCUUGGGUUCUAUAUGGAGAAACCUCAUAGCCUUAACAGGAACAUAUGUCUUUGAAGUCCGAGCAUCUAACCUCAUCAGUGGUCAAGUUACUUUGACAGCCGAUGUAUACGUUGGGCUUCCCAUAGGCAACAUUUCUUAUGAAAUCAAUGCCACCACUGUGAUUCCAAAUGAGGAUGUUCAGCUCACAGCAAAUGUGACAGAGGGUACUUACAUCUAUUUCCACUUUGACUUUAAUGGAAAUGCAGUGGUCCUCAUCUGUGCUCUGGCUCCAUGUUUAGUGUCUUACACACACAGCUUUCCAGUGGCAGGGGAUUAUAACGUUUCAGUGCAGGUCUCAAAUAACUUCAAUGCCUUCACCAGUGAGAUCUUCUUGGUAAGCGUUUUCAAUCCCGUUCCAGCUUUGAGCGUAGACGUGACCAACUCCAGCUCAAUGCCAUUCCCGUUGAGCUACAUGUCUACCCUAAGUCCAACACAUCUUUAUGGCCAACGGAAGCAAAGGCAGUUUUUUCCAUUGCUGGUUUUCAAAAUCAACUCUUAGAAGAUUUUGUGCCACU